AUGCAGUUCACACCCCUCAGCUGGUUCCAGAAAUGCCUCGGCUUCUUCCACGGUUGGCCGCCAAAAGAGCUUGAUGGAUCGCGAGAGACAGCAUGGCUGGACGGAGUGCGAGGACUGGCAGCAUUCCUAGUAGUCAUGAACCACUACGACCUGGAGUGGCUUUCAAUCUUCGCCUAUGCCCCCUUCGGCGCAAGAGUCUUGGCCGACAAGAAUGUGGACGGGGUGUGGUACUACAAAGAAGGCGAUAGACUCUGGGAACCAUACCGACUGCCAUUCUUCCGCAUCAUCGCAGCGUCUGGGAGUGCCGAAGUUGCCAUAUUCUUCGUUCUGUCCGGGUUCGUGCUGUCCUGGAGUCCCCUAGGCACGAUUCGGGCGAACAAUCAGGAGAAACUGUUUGGGUCGUUGUCAUCUUCUCUCAUACGGAGAUGGUUUCGACUGUACCUUCCCUGCUUCAUUGUGAGCGUUUUCUACCUCAUCAAUGAGAUCUACGUCUCAUGGCACGGAGUGAUCGGUAUGUUCGAGGAGAUAUGGAAGUUCAUUGAAGAGAGCCGGAGGUGGUCCAAUCCGCUUCAGGGCACGCCAGCCACCUCACUCUUCACUGUCAACACGUACAACUACGUCAUGUGGACUAUUCCAUUUGAGUUUUCUGGAUCCAUCUUCGUCUUCACACUCUUACUCGCGAUCGGCAGAACACAGGCUUUUCAUCGCCGCAUGGUAUGCGUCAUUUUAACGACGAUGUAUGCUGGCUGGCAGACCUACUGGGGAUUGUGGUUGUUUGGGAUGGGCCUUGCUCUUGCAGACUAUGUCCGUUGGCGAGGCGGAUUCAAUAAGCUGUCCCAGCAGACAGGUCCGAUCGCUCGCUGCGCCUGGAUCUUGGUUUUCGUCUUGUCACUUCUGUUGAUGGGCUACGUAGACGAGUCGGACGAAUUCACGAGGCCUGGAUAUGCGUGGUUGAGUUAUAUCCCAAUUCCUCCUGGCUAUCGUGGCAUGGUUGGUGAAGGACGUGUUUGGUUUGCCAUCGCAGGGUUCCUCUUUGUGGCGAGUAGCUGUCACCUGACCUUUGUCAGGAGAUUCCAUGAGACGAAGCUCAUCCAGCAUCUCGGCAGGAUAAGCUUCAUGCUGUAUCUCAUUCACAUCCUGAUCAAUACCCGGGUUUCUUUGCCGUUGCGUGGUGCGUUGUACGACGCUCUUUGCGAGAACCGGUCUCAGGAUGGCUUCGACCAUGUAUUCAUUUCGGGACCGUUUACGAAUGUUUUCAUAUGGCUGGUGGUUUGGCUGAUCAGUGUGCCCAUCGCAAUGAGCUGCGCUCACUUCUUGGAGAUCUUCGUCGACAAACCUUGCAACGAGUUCGGAAAGUGGUUGGAUGAUAAGUUUGUCAAUGGAUCUGGCCGAGUCAAAUUGCAAUCAGGACAAGAGGAGGCAGGUCUACUCUCCCAAAUACCGCUUGAUCAACUUCAACCCGGCGAGGCGUCCGAAGUAGCAGAGCCUCUUCUGUCCCCCAAGUUCAGCUUGGAAAGCGCUUCUACUAGCAGUAUAGAUCAUGGCACGGAGGUCCCAGGAAAAGGAUGA